AUGAAGUACAAUGAUCUAUGUGUGGGUAACACUUUCAAAAGCAAGGGGGAGCUGAAACUUAUACUUGCAAUAGCCAAAGUAGAAAGAAAUUUUGAGUACAAAGCUUUUAAAUCCGACAGCCAGAGGUUUAUUACCAAAUGCAAAGACAAGACAUGCGAGUGGCGUCUGCGAGCAGUUCCCUUAGAUUCUUGUGGGUGGUGGAAACUCACAGUUGCAAACGAUGUGCAUACUUGUGAAAGCAACAAAAGGACUGACCCUGAAUUAAGAACCAAAGCGGCCUCUACUGGAAUUGCAGAGCUUUUCAAGCACAAAUUCAAAGAACUAGAUGCGGCAUUUACGCCCAAACAACUGGUUAAGGACAUAAAAAGGGAUUAUGGAGUGGUUAUCAAUUACCGGAAGGGAUACAGCGCUUGCAAGCGUGGUAUUGAGCUGAUCAAAGGUAUCCCUGAUGAAUCGUACCAACACCUCGUUGGUUAUAGUCACAUGCUUGGUGCUCGUAACAAGGGUACUAUUACCGAGAUUGUAACUGAUUCAGAUGAUUAUUUUCUAUAUUAUUUAUUUUAUUUUGGAGUAUGUAUUGAAGGAUUCAAAAACUGUUCCAGACCCGCAUUUGCGGUUGAUGGUACACAUCUUACAGGGCCACGCCAAGGAGUUCUACUGUCAGCCGUUGGAAUGGAUCCCGACGAGUCGAUCUAUCCUAUUGCUUUUGUUGUUGUUGAUUCAGAGAAUAAUGAAUCUUGGGAAUGGUUUAUGAGAAAGUUAGUCGGAGUACUUGGCGAUAAGUAUGCUAUGAAAGAAGAUGUUGUUGUGGCAACAGACAGGCACCCACCGAUCGGUAGAUCCAUAAGGUUGGCAUUUCCUUGUGCUAAUCAAGUAUACUGCAUCCACCAUCUUUCAGAAAAUAUCAAACAGACCUACCACAACUUCACGGCUUGGGUGGCAUUUACAAGAGCUGCAAAAGCGUUUAGCAAUGAUGAGUAUGAACUUGCUAUGAGAGACCUGGGUUUAGUGAGCCCCGCUGCUUUAAAAUCUGUAGUGGAUCUUGGACCGGAAAUGUGGGCCAGGGUGAAGGCUAGAACAGGUCGUUUUACUCUCAUGACUACAAACGCCUGUGAAACUUUCAAUUCAAGAAUAGAUGAUGUUAAAAGUCUUCCAAUCUGUCAUUUAGUCGAUUACAUUCGCAGGUUCCUUAUGGAAUGGUUCUGCGAACGUAGACAACUAGCUCGUGAUCGGCAAGAUCCUUUGAGUCAACAUGCACGGGAUAUAAUCAAAGAACGGUGGGAUGUGGAAAAAAGGUUGUGGAUUUCCAUGUCGAUGGGGACGAAUAUGAAGUGGACGAGGGUGACUAUGAAGAGCAGCACACCGUCUAUCUUGACCGAAGGUCUUGCACGUGCAAAGUUGUGUGAGACAUAUAAGAUAAAAGAAGAAGUCCUUUGUGGGGAAUAUUAUAAAACAUCGGUUUGGAUAUCUAUGUAUGAACCUAAAAUCUAUGGUGUGCUGAGCCCAGAAACUUGGGAUGUCCCAGCGGAGGUGGCAGAACGGGUGGUGCUUCCUCCAAAAACUACACCGGAAGUUGGUCGUCGGAGCAUCAAGAGGAAAAGGUCUUCCAUUGAAAAACCUAGAAAGAAAAGAGCUUGUUCAAUGUGUCACCAUACAGGGAAUUAUGCUAACAGCAAACGUUGUCCCAAGGCUUAG